CUGGCCAGCAGUGUCGCCGCGACUCAACAGUGAUGUCUGUGUGCACAAUUUUGUUUAGUGUGAAAUUACGGAUUAAUCCAAGGCUGUAAAUUCCUCGGAGACGUAAUUGCGGAAGAUUGAGAUCCCAGAGAGGUACAAAACGGAUUCCAUACAUUUGUGAUUGGAUGUGAGACUACUUUGACCCUACAAAAUUGAAGAUGAUGUUGCUAUGGAAACUGCUGGUGCUGCAGUCACUUAUGGGGUGCCUUGCAGAGAGCAGUGUCCUGCAGAGUCCUGCCUUCACCAAGCAGCCUGGCAGCAUUGUGUAUCCUGUGGACUCUCUGGAGAAGAAUAGAGAGGUGGUGUUCAGCUGUGAAGCCCAGGGAAGCCCACCUCCCAUCUACCAGUGGAAACUGAACGGCACUGUGAUCAGUCCCAAAUCUGGUUCCCACUACAGCCUAUCUGGAGGCAACCUCAGAAUCAGCCAUCUGAACAAAGACCAAGAUGCUGGAACGUAUCAGUGCCUCGCCUCCAAUUCUUUUGGGACAAUUGUCAGCCGAGAGGCCAGUCUAACCUUUGCAUAUCUGGAAAACUUCAAGACACACAGAAGAAGCUCGGUGUCAGUCCGCGAGGGUCAGGGGGUGGUUUUGCUGUGUGGUCCUCCACCGCAUUCUGGAGAUCUGAUGUUCUCCUGGAUUUUUAAUGAGUACCCUACAUUUGUGAAGCAGGACACUCGGCGCUUUAUCUCCCAGGAGACGGGGAAUCUGUACAUCGCCAAAGUGGAGCCCUCUGAUGUGGGCAACUACACCUGUGUGGUGACCAACACGGUGACGAAGACCCGCGUCCAGGGCCCGCCCACUCCACUUGUGCUGCGUAGCGAUGGUGUGAUGGGUGAAUAUGAGCCAAAAAUUGAAGUUCAGUUUCCAGAAAUUGUCCAUGUUGCCAAAGGAUCCACAGUCAAACUGGAGUGCUUCGCUCUAGGAAACCCUGUACCCUCUAUAAACUGGAGGAGAGUGGAUGGAGUCCCUUUUGCCAGGAAAGUGGACAUGAGGAAAGCCAGCGGUGUCCUGGAAAUUCCAUAUUUCCAGCAGGAGGACGCUGGUACAUACGAGUGUGUGGCUGAGAACUCCAGAGGAAUGAAUACAGUAAAAGGAAAGCUCUCUUUCUAUGCCCCUCCCCAUCUAAUCGAGAAGCCCCAAGACGUCCAGAAGCCCAUUGAUGACUCAUUGGUGUGGGAGUGUAAAGCCACAGGGAAGCCGAAGCCCUCGUACAGGUGGAUGAAAAAUGGAGAGAACCUGGAGCCUGUAGAGGAGCGCAUACAGGUUGCCAAUGGAGCAUUGUCAAUCAGUCGUCUGACCCUGUCCGACAUAGGAAUGUACCAGUGUGUGGCUGGUAAUAAGCACGGUGAGGUCUACUCCAAUGCAGAGCUCCGAGUUAUCGCUGUUGCCCCAGAUUUCUCUCUCAACCAACUGAGGAGCCAGACGCUGGUGAAGGUAGGAGGAGAUGUGCUCAUCGAGUGCAAGCCCAAGAUGUCUCCUUGGGGUGUGAUCUCUUGGCGUAAGGGCAGCGAACCACUCCGAGAGAGUAAAAGGGUUUCCAUUCUGGACAAUGGCAACCUGCGGAUAUGGAAUGCAACCAAACCAGAUGCCGGCCUGUACACGUGUGUGGCACGCAACCAGUUUGGAGUGGCGAGCAGCUCCGGGAGUGUCAUGGUUAAAGAGCCGACCAUUAUCACCACGCCACCCUCCACCCUGGACAUCACCGUGGGGGAGAGUGUCGUCCUGCCGUGUCAAGUGUCUCACGACCCGUCUCUGGAGCUCAAGUUUACCUGGUUCUUCAACGAGCAGCUCAUCCACUUUGGUAGCCACGGUGGAUACUUUGAAAAAGUGGGCGGGCAGCAUUCAGCCGGGGACAUUAUGAUUCGAAAUAUCCAGCUGAGGCAUGCAGGGAAGUACACGUGUGCUGUGCAAACGAAGGUGGACAGCGUUUCCAUCGCUGCCGACUUGGUUGUCAGAGGUCCCCCUGGGCCCCCCACCAGCAUCCAUGUUGAAGAAAUCACUGAUACCACAGCUUCUCUGUCCUGGAGGCCUGGUCCUGAUAAUCACAGUCCAAUUACGGCAUACACUAUCCAGGCCAGGACACCGUUUUCCCUGGGGUGGCAGGCUGUCACCACAGUUCCUGAGGUGGUGGGGGGCCGCCGGCUGACAGCUACAGUAAUAGACCUGAGCCCUUGGGUGGAGUACGAGUUUCGAGUCCUGGCAAGCAACGCCAUCGGAACGGGCGAGCCCAGCAAGCCAUCCAAACAAGCAAGGACAAAGGAGACCUCUCCGAAGGUCACACCAGCUAAUGUGAGCGGAGGAGGUGGCAGUCGCUCCGAAUUAGUCAUCACAUGGGAGCCUGUUCCAGAGGAGCUGCAGAACGGCCCGGGGUUCGGCUAUGUUGUGGCUUUUAGACCCCACGGUGCCACGGGCUGGAUGCAGGCUGCCGUGCCCUCUGCUGAAGCCUCCAGAUAUGUCUUCAAAAAUGAGAGCAUUCAGCCUUUCUCGCCUUUCCAUGUGAAGGUCGGGGUUUACAACAAUGAGGGGGAGGGCCCUUUUGGACCGAUUACCACCAUCUACUCAGCAGAGGAAGAGCCUGGCCGGGCGCCCACCAGGAUUCGUGCCAAGAGCCUGUCUGCAUCUGAGAUUGAAGUUUCGUGGAAAGCUCUGCCCUGGAAUGCAAGCAAGAGAAGAGUUCUGGGUUAUGAGCUGAGGUACUGGAGUAGAAGUGAAAGGGAGGACACAGCCAACGUGCAGAGGACUGUAGGAAAUCAAACAUCUACUAUUAUCCGUGGGUUGAAAGGCAGCACCACGUAUUACAUCUCUGUGAGGGCAUACAACACUGCUGGAACGGGACCUUCCAGCACCACUGUCAAUGUCACGACCAAAAAACCACCGCCCAGCCAGCCACCGGUCAAAGUGAUGUGGAACACAUCAAACUCCAAGAUUAUAUUGAACUGGGAGCAGGUCAAAGCUCUGGAGAAUGAGUCAGAGGUCACCGGGUACAAAGUGCUAUACAAGAAGAAUCGGCACAGUCGCCCCAAUGUUAUGGAGACUAACACCACAUCAGUAGAGCUCUCCCUGCCGACUGACGAGGAGUACAUCAUCCAGAUCAAACCAUUCGGAGAGGGAGGGGAAGGCAGCAGUAGCAGGCAGAUCACCAUCCCAAGAAUACCAGGUCCCAAUGCAAUCGGCUCAGCAUCCAAGGUCUCCACUCUAUCAGCCCUCAGUACAAUAGCACUGUCUUUCACAGCACGGACAUCUUUAUGACAAACAGCUCCCAGCAGACAUUGCAUCUGAUGUGGAGACAGCUCUACCGCGGAACGCAAACACAGCCCAGUCUGGUGUAACUAGAUCCAUUCAUUUAGAUUUUAGAGGCAGGAGGACGACGCUGACGAAAAAAAAAAAAGAAACAUACCAUUGAGAUGACAGGGAAAGAGCCCACUUCAGCACCCAGGCUAAGUAAAAGGAGAUUGACCGAUGUCUUGACUCUGUUGUUACCAAAGCAGCUUUCAUAAAAAAAAAAAGAAAAGAAAAAUGUCUUAUAUGCAUCUUUUUGUAUGACAUGUUAAGCUUUUAUAGAUUUUUUUGAAUCAAUCUGAAAUUGGUCUGGGCUUUUUGUAAGAGGCAAUGGUGUGAGAGGAAUCAAAUGCAUGGUGAGUAACACGAUCUAAUUUUACAGUCUGGAGGUUAAGAAUGUUAUUUGACAGCAUAACUUUUGUCUUCUCAAGUAAGAUCAUACUUGCAACUGUGGUUCUACGUCAAAGACCAGAGUUAAAGUUUUCUCUCCAGUGAAUGAACUGUUAACCGUUAUCUUUUAUUUUAAUAGUACAUUUUUUUUGCAAUUUUACUUGUCAAUAUUUCAAAGACAUUGCACUCUCAAAGGGCUACACUGACCUUUUGGGAGUUUGGCCCAUUGAUCACCUUACCCAAUGUGUGAUGAGAGGAUUUGCACCAAAAUUAUCUUUGUCUCUCCCUGUUUGGUGCACACACUAACACUGAAGAGUACAGUAUGUUGGUUAAUCAUAGGCAGCUGGCCUUAUACUAAAAGUGAGAAAAUGCAGACUUGUAGCUGCUCUAAGGCUGGCUGGUUAGAUCAUUUUAACGAUAAGGGUAUAAACCUGCCAGGCUCGCUUAGGGAGUUGGUAAAAUAGACAUACAUUUUGACAAAAUAAUGCACUUUGAAUGGCAGGAGAUCCAUCCUCCCGCGAGGUUUCAAGCACGACUUGUUUUGUCUAAUGAAGUGAGCCAGACAGCCACAUUUUUGUAGCUUUUUUGUAGAUUCAGAAUGAACUUAUGAAAAGGACUGACAUCUUCUUCUCAGACUUUUCUGGUCUAGUGGCCAUAUCAUAAAAACCAGUAUGAACUUUGGCUUAUCUUCAUACUUAGGAUAAUUGCUUGUCAUAACUUAAAGUCACAAUGAAACAGCAUUUUGAUCUUGCAUCCUUAAUUAAUGUAUCUCCCGUUCAAACAGGUUGUUGGAUCAGAGCUUAACACAAAGAGGUAUCUUUAAAAAGUGUAAAUCAAUGGGAGAUCAGUUAUGGCAGAGAAAGGCAGUUUUAUUUGACAUGAUUCUUCAAAAAUAAAGCAUAUACCACAUACUACUGAGGCUAUUUUAGCUGCAGCGGCCUGGCUUUGAAUCCGGCCCGGAGCCUAAGCUGCAUGUCAUCCCCUCUCUCUCUCUGCCCUGUCCUGUCUUUCUCCACUGUGCCUGACCAAUAAAGCAGAAAUGCCCAAAAAAUAAUCUUUAAAAAAAAGUUUUCGUUGCUUAAAAUUUUUGUUUAGACCUAUACUGGUUCCAGUCACAGCUGAAAAUUGCACUAUUUUCCAAGAUGUUCCAAGACUUUAACAUACAGUAUGCUGAAGCGUUGCUGUGUGCAGCAGACACAUUUCUACUAGAGACACACGGGAUUGUUUUGCUGCCAGCUCACUCACCAGAUACAGGGUGAGGUGACCUAUGGGCCAAACUCCCCAGAAGUCAGUGUAGUUGUUUAAGCCAUCCAUAUGACAAUUAAAGGACUUGUUACCAGAAAUAGGCCCAUGCCGUUUAGGAGAGUAUCUCCCCUGGGUUCCUCUACCUUGGCCAUUAAAUUGCACUGGUGACCGGACCCUUGUGGCUGUCUCAUGCCCCUCAUUCUUUUAGUUAGCCCUGUGUCUAGAGCUAUUCUUUGCCUUCUGUGUGCCUCAUCAUACGUUCAAAAUCCUCAGGUCCUUAAAGAGCCUUAACUUAUCAUAUGUAUAUCGAAGAAAAAAAAAAAAAAAAACAAAGGAAAAAAAAAACAUUAGAAACAUAGACCUAUAAAGCAGCCGCGGUGAUGUUUACAUGCUGCUGUGUUGGUAGAUGCUGUGUGUUGUCGGGAUGGAGGCCAGCAUCCUUUGUGUAAUGCUGAGGUCACUGAGGUUAGUUUGAACGGCAUUUCGCUGUUUCGCAUGGGUUAUCGGCAAUAUGUGAAGCCUGGUACAUUUGUAUGGGUGUGCAUUCUCAAUAAAAGAUGAUGCUGCUGAUCUUUUUUUUUUUUUUUUUUUUUCCCAUAGUCUUCUGAUGCCAUGUGAGACUGCGAUGGUACCGUGGUACGGCGCAGUCUGUAUGUAGCUUGUAAUCCAGUUAAGUACAGCUAGUUUGUAGUACUUUGAAGGGAAGUGUACUGUAGGCUACUGGGUCUUGCUCAGAAUCAUGCAUCAAGAAAUGUGUAAUAUACUGUUUUGUACACUUCAAAUCAUUUAUAUAAAAAGAAACUUUCUAAAGAGCUGGUUUACUUGGUUUUUAUGUAAUAACUGUUUCAUACUGUAGCCAAUUGUUGCGCAGCAUGACUGUAAUUUGUCUCCUCUCUUCUGUCCAUCUGCAAACUGACUGAAUGGCUUUAGGAUCAUGCAAGAUUUAAUAGGUUUGUGUAUACGUGUACCAUGAAAUUUGAACCAUGAUCAGCCCAUGUCUGUGCUUCUGUCUCAGUCAGGUGUUCUCCUACAGACCCUCUGAGAUAUACUGGGUCUAAUGUCCAUAUAGGCUCUACAUGAGGGUUUCCUCUGUUGCUGUUUGUUGUUUAUACUGUGUUAAUAAAGUUUAUUGAUUUAUA